AACCAGUCAUUUGUGCACAUUGAAGGAAAGGGAAAAAUCAUCCUGCUGACUAUUUAAAAAAUUGGGACCUGGAUUUUGACCAUGUCAAGAUUUGCAGCAUAUGCCUGGUUGUUUCGGAUAGACCACUGAGAAGUGCUUCUAGAAGACACAGAUUGUCACAUUAGCAACCAAAGGCACUAAACUAACCAUGAAGACAAGUAUUAUCAAGACAGGGCACUCCUUUGUAAACAUUCCCAAUGUGAUUGUUCCAGAUAUUGAAAAGGAAAUAAGGAGGAUGGAAAAUGGAGCAUGCAGCUCCUUUUCUGAUGACGAUGACAGUGCCUCUAUAUCUGAAGAGUCGGAAAAUGAAAGUCCCCACGAAAGGGGUACUUUUAGAACCAAUUCACACGGGAAGGAAGGACCCUCACAGAGGAAGCAGUACUUGCCUGGCACCAUGGCACUUUUCAACGUUAACAACAGCAGCAAUAAGGAUCAAGAACAAAAAGAGAAGAAGAAAAAGAAGAAAGGAAAGAAAACCAAAUCAGAUGAUAAAAAUGCAAACAAAAAGGAUUCAGAAAAGAAGAAUAAGAAGAAAAAGGAAAAAGAGAAGAAAACCAAAGAGGAGAAAAACAAAGAUAAGAAAGAAGAGGUAAAGAAAGAAGUCAUGAUUAUUGAUCCCUCGGGAAACACGUAUUACAACUGGCUGUUUUGCAUCACCUUACCUGUGAUGUACAACUGGACUAUGAUUAUUGCAAGAGCAUGUUUUGAUGAACUUCAAUCUGAUUACCUAGAAUAUUGGCUCGUUUGUGACUACUUAUCAGAUAUAGUCUAUCUUGUCGACAUGUUUGUACGAACGAGGACAGGCUACCUAGAACAAGGACUAUUGGUGCAGGAAGAACGCAAACUCAUAGAAAAAUACAAAUCAAAUUUGCAAUUUAAACUUGAUGCUGUGUCAAUGAUACCAACCGAUCUGCUGUAUUUUAAGUUGGGGUGGAACUAUCCAGAAAUCAGACUAAAUCGGCUCUUAAGGAUCUCUCGUAUGUUUGAGUUCUUCCAGAGAACAGAAACAAGGACCAAUUACCCAAACAUCUUCAGGAUCUCUAACCUUGUCAUGUAUAUUGUCAUCAUUAUUCACUGGAAUGCAUGUGUGUACUACUCUAUUUCAAAAGCUAUUGGAUUUGGAAAUGAUGCAUGGGUCUACCCUGAUGUUAAUGAUCCUGAAUUUGGUCGUUUGGCUAGAAAGUAUGUCUACAGUCUUUACUGGUCUACACUAACUUUGACUACCAUUGGGGAGACACCGCCCCCUGUUCUGGAUUCUGAGUAUGUCUUUGUGGUGGUUGAUUUCUUAAUUGGAGUGUUAAUUUUUGCUACCAUCGUUGGUAAUAUAGGGUCUAUGAUUUCCAACAUGAAUGCAGCUAGGGCAGAAUUUCAAGCAAAAGUUGAUGCUGUCAAGCAAUACAUGCAUUUCCGAAAUGUAAGCAAAGACAUGGAAAAGAGAGUAAUUAAGUGGUUUGACUACCUAUGGACCAACAAAAAAACCGUUGAUGAGAAAGAAGUCUUGAAGUAUCUACCUGAUAAACUAAGAGCAGAAAUCGCCAUCAAUGUUCACCUCGACACGUUAAAAAAGGUGCGUAUUUUUGCUGACUGUGAAGCUGGUCUAUUGGUGGAGUUGGUCUUGAAAUUACAACCCCAAGUCUACAGCCCUGGAGAUUAUAUUUGCAAGAAAGGGGAUAUUGGACGAGAAAUGUACAUCAUCAAAGAAGGCAAACUCGCUGUGGUGGCAGAUGAUGGAAUCACUCAGUUUGUGGUGCUGAGUGAUGGCAGCUACUUUGGUGAGAUCAGCAUUCUUAACAUUAAAGGCAGCAAGGCUGGCAAUCGAAGAACAGCCAAUAUUAAAAGCAUCGGCUACUCAGACCUGUUUUGCCUCUCAAAAGAUGACCUCAUGGAGGCUCUAACCGAGUACCCAGAUGCCAAAACUAUGCUGGAAGAGAAAGGGAAGCAAAUUCUAAUGAAAGAUGGUCUGCUCGAUCUGAAUAUUGCCAAUGCUGGUAGUGAUCCCAAAGAUCUCGAAGAAAAAGUCGCUCAAAUGGAGGGCUCGGUAGAUCUUAUGCAGACAAGGUUUGCUCGGAUCCUGGCUGAGUAUGAAUCUAUGCAGCGGAAACUGAAGCAAAGGUUGACGAAAGUGGAGAGCUUUCUGAAACCUCUUAUUGAAACAGAAUUUUCAUCUCUUGAGAGAGCUGAAAUAGAAAGUGGACCUACUGACUCCACACAGGAUUGAGAGUUUGUCAUUAAUCAUGUGAUUAAGGGCUACUGUGGUUGGAAAGGAGACACUCAGCUGGGAAUUUUUCCCAAAAGGAACACAUGUUUUGUUGCACAGCACAAAGUCUACAUACUCUUUGUGGGGGUACCAGAAUGAAAGAAAGGUAUUACUGUGGAAUUUUUCGUAGUGAAUAUGGCAAAGAUAUAAAGUGACGAACUUGUCAGUAUCAGAACCUCACAGUUUUUCCAAAAGUAUAUAUGUUCCUUGUAUGUAAUCAUCUUGGCAAAAGCAAGUAUAUCUCACUUUGAUGCCAUUUGCAUUCAGACUGACAGGGAGCUAUCAUGUACUUCAUUUUUGGAUGCAAUUAAAAAAAUUAGAAUGCAAUAAAGCGAACAUGAUUAUGCAACUAUUUCAAAUAUGAUUCAUUUGAUUACUUUGUAGGGAGUUCAAGACCUUGUAGCGCUUCAUGGUCACUUAAGGACAUAAACAUUGUUUUGCUCUACAACUCAG